GACUCGAGGCAGAAGGGCUUCCGGUGGAUCUGCGGGUUACCGGGUUCACGAUGGCUGCCUCCUUGGUUGGGAAGAAGAUCGUGUUUGUCACAGGGAACGCCAAGAAGCUGGAGGAGGUCACUCAGAUUCUAGGAGAUAAAUUUCCAUGCACUUUGGUGGCACAGAAAAUUGACCUGCCAGAGUACCAAGGAGAGCCUGAUGAGAUUUCCAUUCAGAAGUGUCAAGAAGCAGCUCGCCAGGUGCAGGGCCCUGUGCUGGUGGAGGACACCUGUCUGUGCUUCAAUGCCCUCGGGGGCCUCCCUGGCCCCUACAUAAAGUGGUUUCUGGAGAAGUUAAAGCCUGAAGGUCUCCAUCAGCUCUUGGCCGGGUUCCAAGACAAGUCAGCAUACGCGCUCUGCACAUUCGCACUCAGCACUGGGGAUCCAAGUGAGCCUGUGCGCCUGUUCAGGGGCCGGACCUCGGGCCAGAUCGUAGUGCCCCGUGGCUCCCGGGACUUUGGCUGGGACCCCUGCUUUCAGCCCGACGGAUACGAGCAGACGUAUGCAGAGAUGCCCAAGGCUGAGAAGAACAUCAUCUCCCAUCGCUUCCGGGCCCUGCUUGAGUUGCAAGAAUAUUUUGGCAGCCUGAUUCCUCCUGGGGCCAGUGAUGACCACUCUGGCCAGGGAUCCAGGGAGGGCUAGCCUGAAACCUCCUCCAUCAGGCAGGCACCUGUCUAAGUACUUCCUUCAGAGUUGCCACUUCUGGAGAGUAUUACCAGCUGUCUGGAGCAGCUGGCUCCGUUUGGAGAAACUUUGGCCAAGGGCCACCAUCGUCUUGUCCUCGGUGAUUCAGUGGUCUCUCCUACAGCCUGGGGUCCUGAAAGGACCUUGGGUGUUAAAACUGGCCUGGCAGGAUUGAGGGUUUAGGGAAGAACCACACAAACAGCCUUAGGUGUUUUUUAAAUGCAGCAAAUAAAAAUUCUGGAAGGUACUUGCUUCCAAGUAAA